GAAGCCCAAAAGAAACGCGCUCUCACACUCCAUCUUGUGUGUAAAUGUUCGCUGUACGUGUGUGCCAGUGCUUCCCCAUUCCAAUCAGAACGCGCACACACACCAGCAGGCUCAGUGCGACAAGGAGUCCCCGUCGAAUUUGAAAUUCCUUGCCUUCAGUUGGAUUUCGAACGUUUAUGCGCGACACGCGAAACGCAGCGAAUGAAGCGAGCGAAACGCGAAUUGCCGUCGCCAAAAAGCAAACAGUGAUAUAUAACCACAACCGCUAUCAUCAUUCAAUCGAAAACUGGAAAACUCACAGUUUUAAUAGUCGCAUUUUGAUAAACUAAACGGGUUUCGCGUCUCGCAUCCGUUGUUCCAUUGGCCAUCUAGCUGUCAAUAUAAAAGUGUAUUUGUGAGUGGAUCAGUGAUCUUAGUCUUUUUUUGGUAUCCAUCAGUUGUCUAUGGAUUGCGUGUGAUUUGUGGCGCUUUUGUUUAGACACCAGUAUUCAAAAUCAAAUUAAACAUAGCACACAAAACAAAAACUGACAAAACGUUCGCUGUGAAAACAAUAAAUGCGAUUUAAAAGCAGUUUACAUUUCUGUUUAACCGCCCAACAAAAAGGCCAUUAAGUGCCAUAACUGCCAAUUGGCAUACGAAUCUCGAUUAGCAUAUAUCAAACAAAGCAAUUUGAGCACCACUGAGGAAUUAAACGGAAGGGAGCAGCGAGAUAUUCGCUGUUUAUCCCAAACUAAUCCACAUCGGAUCAGCUGUCGACACGCGACUAUCCGCACUUCAGCGGCGACCAUCAAAACGUGACGCUGCCGGUUGCUUCCGCAUCCGCAUCCGCUUCUGCCUCCCACGCGGCCGCCGUAAAGAUGUACCACAGCAGCGCCGUAGCGGCCUACACGGACCUCGCUGCCGCCGGGAGUGCGGCCAGCGCUGGAGUCGGAGUCGGGGUGUCCGGCUACCAUCAGCAGGCCGUAAACGCUCCGGUUUACGUGCCCUCCAACCGCCAGUAUAACCACGUGCAUUUCGGCAGUGCUGCGGCGCAGAAUGCCUGGACCACGGACAGCUUUGGAUCGGCGCAUGGUCAGCUGCCGGCGCAGUUUUAUUCACCGAAUGCCGCCGUCAUGAUGGGCUCCUGGCGGAGUGCCUACGAUCCGUCGGGCUUCCAGCGAUCCUCGCCCUACGAGAGUGCCAUGGACUUUCAGUUCGGCGAGGGACGCGAGUGCGUCAAUUGCGGCGCCAUAUCUACACCUUUGUGGCGGCGAGAUGGCACUGGGCACUACCUGUGCAACGCCUGCGGGCUGUACCACAAGAUGAACGGAAUGAACCGGCCGCUGAUCAAGCCCAGCAAGCGCCUGGUGAGUGCAACUGCCACCAGAAGGAUGGGCUUGUGCUGCACCAACUGCGGUACCCGAACUACCACCCUUUGGAGGCGCAACAACGAUGGGGAACCCGUGUGCAAUGCCUGCGGUCUGUACUACAAGUUGCACGGUGUGAACCGACCACUGGCCAUGCGCAAGGAUGGCAUCCAGACGAGGAAGCGAAAGCCCAAGAAAACGGGCAGCGGAUCGGCUGGGGGAUCGGGCACUGGCUCUGGAUCGAGUUCCACUUUGGACGCCAUCAAGGAGUGCAAGGAAGAGCAUGAUCUCAAGCCCUCGCUUAGCCUGGAGCGCCAUAGCCUUGGUAAGCUGCACACCGACCUAAAGAACACCUCUAGUAGCAGCAGCACCCUGAUGGGGCAUCACAACGCCCAGCAGCAGCAGCAACAGCAGCAGCAACAGCAACAACAACAGCAGCAGCAGGCGGCCCACCAGCAAUGUUUUCCCCAUUAUGGACAGGCGACGACGCAACAGCAGCACCAGCAACAUGGUCACGGCAUGACUCCAUCCUCCGGUCAGUCCCAGUUGAGUGCUCGUCAGCUUCACGGAGCGACAGGAUCACAGCUCUACACGCCCGGCAGCAGUUCGGGCGGAGGCAGUGCGUCCGCCUACACGUCGCACAGUGCCGAGACGCCGGCGCUGAGCAAUGGCACUCCUUCGCCCCACUACCAGCACCACCACCAUUUGGGCGGAUCCCAUGGCCAUCAUGUGACGGCGGCAGCCCAUCAUCAUUUGCACGCAGCGGCCGCUGCCGCCGCCUACGGGGUGAAGACGGAGGCGAGUGCCACCAACUACGACUAUGUGAACAACUGCUAUUUUGGAGGCACCUUUGGGGCACUGGGCGGAGCUGCGUCCACGGCGGCCAUGGCCGGCGGAGCGGCCAGUGAGUUGGCCGGCUACCAUCACCAGCACAACGUCAUCCAGGCGGCCAAGCUGAUGGCCACCUCGUAAGGGUACUGGGCAGUGGACAAUGGCUCUGUGAUGUGAUCUCCCUCCUCCUCACCAACUGCACCCUAAUUGAAAGCCCUCGUUGGAAUCAUUGCAUUGAAAAGACUUUAGACAUUAGUCCCACUCGUCCCUGUUCGCAGUUCCUUUUCGGUCAAGUUUCAAUUUCAUAAUGGUUUAAAUUGCACUUUUUUUAAAACAUAUCUUUGGGAAAAGCUAUAUUUAAUCAAUUAUUAUUCCCCCAAAUUUAGCCGAAAUCGGAAAGUCGAACAGCGGUUGAUUCUAGGUUAAGAUCAGCCUGAAUGGCACUUAGUUUCUAUGUCGUGUAAAUAACUAAUAGCAAUUCUCAUUGUACAAAUAUACGUUUAUAUAUGUGUGCUUAUCCAUGGAGUUAUAUAUGUGUGUACAGAUAUUGUUUAUCGCUUCGUUUAUAAUGUAGUUCCAUAUAGUUCUUUAUCAUAACUCUUGUUCAACUAGCUUAAAUAUUUUAUGUAUGUGAAUUCCUCACUUCCCCACCCACCCUCUUCAUAGAACAUUUAGCUGUAGGCUUACGUAAUAGUAUAGUAUUAUUAUAACUCUGUUCCCUCGAAAAUAAACGCUAAAUAAAGAUUGUAUUCAAAUAUAAA